GGCGUGAACAAAUCCACGUCGCAGUGAUGUAGCUCCCUCCAGAGGGACUCUACCCCGCUGUGAGCUGCUGCCUUCGGCUCAUGUUUCCCUCCUGCCGGCCUGAGGACCGUCUGUGACCCGCCGUGGCUCCGUCUGUCCGCCAGCUAAGCUAACCGGCUAAGCUAGCAGCUAGCUCAGUAAACAAGCCGGUGUGAGUGUGCGAUGAGCGGCCGUUUGUUUGUGUCGUCCCGGUCCGGUUUGUAACUCUGCUAGCGCGUGUCCGUGUGGUCCUGAGCCGAAAACAGCGAGUCCUUCCCCCGUAUGCUGGUGCUGCUGUCCGGCUAAGAUGUGGCAGAGCGUCGGGCUCACGCUGCUGGUCAUCGUGGCCACUCUGGUGUGUGCGCUGCUCUUCAUGCUGUUCGGUUGGUAUGUCGUCUGGCAGCUCUUCCUGUCCAAGUUUAAGUUCCUCCGUGAACUGGUGGGUGACGCCAGUACCCCGCAGGCUGAAACUCAACCGUCCGAAACCAAGAGCGAACGUUCGACCAGCGCCCCGACACGAAACCGUCCCCGGUCCGCACGCCAAAGAGUCGCUUCUCCAGAAAUCCCUUCGUAGAUCCUUCACGUCAUCGUCUGAGAUGUUCCUCACCGACCCGACACUACACAAGGACCUCACCUCACCGGGACACUUUACUCUGACCAGGCAGACCUCCUGGAGUCAAAGGGAAAAGCCAUUCGUCUUCGUUACUGUCUGUCUUUCUGUGUCCUCUGUUCAUAUGUCUCAUAGAGUGUAGUGAGUCCUCAGAGGAUCCUCCCGGUCCUCAGAGGAUCCUCCCGGUCCUCAGAGGAUCCUCGUGGUCCUCAGAGGAUCCUCAGAUCUUCCUGCUGUAGAGGCGGCCGACCGUCUGAGCGGCCGAGUUGCUUCCUGCCGCCGCUGAGAGCUUCACUCUCUCCUCUACAUGUUUUAAUCAUGUAUUUUUAGCAGACAGCAGUUAAAGAUGAGCUCCUUGGUUUUAGCGACAGAAGAGAAACUGAAGCAGCGAUUUGUACAACUGACAACUAAACAGAACAAAGUGCGAUGGAGGGAACGUCGUGCUGUCCUGUAGGUGUUUCCUCACCGACUAGAUUACGCCCAAAGCCUCAAAGGAUGAUGACGAAUGACUGGGCUGCAUUCCAGAUCAGUGAAAUGUGACGUGUUGUUUUCUUGCAACUUCUUCUUCUUUGUCUUCUUUUUCUAGAUUUAUACUUGAAGAGUCAGGAGAAAGUUUCAAGGAAAUGAAGCGGCGUUUAGACGCUAGCCGACCUCUGUCCGAGCGACUUGGUCUGAAUCCUGUCCCCUCCCGGUGCCUCCGUCUGUACCAGUGCCUGUCUAGAUGGCAUCGCUGUUGCUUACUCGGCCUCCUUUUGUACCGGCGGUGGUUGGAAUCCUCGCCGACACUGUUUCUGUAACACAGUCCCCCUCAACGUACAGCUCAUGUAACGCUCGCACCUUUUAUCAUUCAGUGGAGCUGUAGCUUCAAAUAAAUAAGGCUGUAAAUAAAA